AUGGAGUCUCUUAGUUUGAAUGGUGACAAGUCCCAUGCACCUGGAAACUCGAUCCGGCACAGAAACAUAUUGGUGGUGGUGUUCGACUUGGUAAGAUCAUUUGUGAUGACAAGUCCCGACAAUAAGAAAUCAACUUCACCUAUAGAUGAAUUGCUUUAUUAUGUCAAUAGAGCAAUUCUUUUAACCAUAUUCUUUUUCCUCGCAGUAUACAAGAAUGUACAAUUCAUUUAUAGACGCGUGGUCCUGCGGAUGCUGACCCUUGCAUAUUAUCCUAGUAAGACACCACAACUUAUUCGAGAAGAUGUAAGUUCGCUUCCCAAGAUUCCUAAACGACUUUCAUGCAUUUUAGAUCUUAGAGAUGAUGAGGAUGAAAAUGGAGGCAUUGAUGGGUUAAUUAAUGAUAUCAGUGAAUUGGCCGCAUGGUCAAUUUCUGCUGGGAUCCCACAAUUAAGUAUCUAUGAAUAUAGUGGCGAUAUUGCUCAUUAUUUACCAACUCUUCGUCAUUAUAUCUCCAAGAAUUUGGCGGUAUAUUUCGGCACUGACACAACCCCUUCUUUUUCUAUUAGAGUUCCUCAUGAUAAUGCCAUCUUAUACAGUACUAAUUUUUCAUCACAAGAAAUUAUUGAACCGGAAAGAGUAGAUUUGCAUAUUUCAUUACUUUCAAGAGCAGAUGGGAAACCUACCAUUGUUGAACUUACCAAAACCAUGAGUGAAUUGGCAUUAAAUAUGGAACUUUCAGUUGAUGAUAUCACCACAGAAUUGAUUGAAGAGGAGCUUAAUACCCUUGUAGGAUAUGAACCAGAUUUACUUUUAUCGUUUGGUCCAUCAUUAGAUCUUCAAGAUUAUCCACCAUGGCAUAUCAGACUAUCAGAAAUUUACUGGGAACCUGAUAACAUGUAUGUGAAUUAUGCGGUAUUUUUGAGAUCCUUGCAAAAAUAUGCUAAUUGUAAGGUUAAUGUGGGAAAAUAA